AAUUUCAUACCAUAUUUCUCCCUGAAAAAUUGUUUCUAUCAUAAAACGCGCGUUUUGGUUUGUAUCCGUACCCUCUUUAUCUCUGCCGCAAUCUCUCUCUUAAAUUACAGCCGACUCGCUUCGUAUUACAAUUUCAGCAAUUCGAUCUUCUGAAGGCUUUCAGCGAGCUGCUCUGUAACUAGUUUGGUGUUGGACAUCAAGAUGGGAGCUUGCGGGAGUAAGCCUAAAACUAAAGAAGACGAUUCUGAAGAUAAACUUGAGUUUACUGGUGCCAAUGUGCACCUCAUCACCACUACGGAAAUUUGGGAUCAAAAGAUGGAAGAAGCAAAAAGGGACGGCAAAAUUGUGAUUGCAAACUUCAGUGCAACAUGGUGUGGUCCUUGCAAAAUGAUUGCACCACUAUACCGCGAGUUAUCCGAGCAAUACCCUUCUCUAAUGUUCCUUGUGGUUGAUGUUGAUGAAUUGACUGACUUCAGCACUUCAUGGGACAUCAAAGCCACUCCCACUUUCUUCUUCCUUCGGGAUGGGCAGCAAAUCGACAAGCUAGUUGGCGCCAACAAGCCGGAGUUGCAGAAGAAGAUAGUUGCUGUUGUAGAUUCAAUUCCAGUGAGUGAAAAAUAACUACGAUAGUGGUUUCUAUGUUUUGCAAGAUUGUUCAAUACCUCCUUUUACAUGUCGCGAGUUGGUGGAUAUGUUUGGCGUGAAAUUGUUUUUUUUAUGUAAGUUGGUUUUGGAUUGUAAAUACGAACAAUCGCAUGAACAAUUUUCGAUUUAAAAUUUUUCAGUUUA